AUGUUCCACACUCCUAUUGUGCCUCGCGCGAGGAAGAGGUCAAGGCCGGCCGAAGCAAGCGCUCCCAGGCGUGAAAGGGUGAAGUUUGAGGAUGUCAGGCUGUACCUGGUGGAGAGGAAAAUGGGCCGCAGCAGGAGAAGCUUUCUGACCGAGCUGGCCAGGUCAAAGGGCUUUAUUGUGGAAGACGUCCUCAGCGAUGUGGUGACUCACGUGGUGUCGGAGGAUAGCCAGGCCUCAUCUCUUUGGGCGUGGCUAAAAGGAGGGCCUGUGAAGAAUCUGCCCGUCAUGCACGUUUUGGACAUCAGCUGGUUCACUGACAGCAUGAGAGAGGGGAAACCUGUUGCUGUGGAGACCAGACACCUUAUACAGGACACCUUGGCUGCAUCGCCAGAAGCUACAACACCCACACCCGUGUCCACGGUGUCUCAAUAUGCCUGCCAGAGACGGACCACCACAAAGAACAACAACAAGAUUUUCACGGAUGCAUUUGAAGUGCUGGCAGAGAGCCAUGAAUUCAAUGACAUGGAGGGUCCGUGCUUGGCCUUCAGGAGGGCUGCAUCUGUGCUGAAGAGUCUGCCCUGGACGGUGCAGAAUUUACGGGUCACAGAAGACCUGCCCUGCCUGGGGGAACACUCUAUGUAUGUCAUAGAGGAGAUCCUUCAACACGGCCACUCGUUUGAAGUCGAGAAAAUACUCUCGGAUGAAAGGUAUCAAAUACUAAAGCUGUUCACAAGUGUGUUUGGGGUUGGACCUAAGACAGCUGAGAAGUGGUACCGCAGAGGGCUGCGCUCAUUCAGCGACGUUCUGGCGGAGCCCGGCAUUCGUCUCAACCGGAUGCAACAAAGUGGUUUUCUGCAUUAUGGAGACAUCUCCAGGGCUGUCAGUAAAGCAGAGGCCCAAGCCCUGGGGAACAUUAUUGACGAAGCUGUCCGUGCGAUCACACCGGACGCCAUACUCACACUGACAGGUGGCUUUCGCAGGGGGAAGGAUUUUGGCCACGAUGUAGACUUUAUCGUGACCACACCACAACUGGGGAAGGAGGAGCGUCUUCUCACCAGCGUUAUUGAUAGACUAAAACAGCAAGGCAUUCUUCUCUACUGUGAAUACCAGGCCUCUACUUUUGAUGAGUCGAAGCUUCCCUGCCACAGGUUUGAGGCCAUGGACCACUUUGCAAAGUGUUUCCUGAUCCUGCGUCUGGAGGACAGCCAAGUAGAGGGAGGUCUCCAAACUGCUGAGGAAGACAGGAGAGGCUGGAGGGCUGUACGCGUGGACUUGGUGUCUCCACCUGUGGAUCGCUACGCCUUUACUCUUCUUGGCUGGAGCGGCUCCAGGCAGUUUGAGAGAGACCUGAGGAGGUUUGCUCGAAUGGAGCGGCGAAUGCUGUUGGACAAUCACGCUUUGUAUGACAAAACUAAGAAAGAGUUCCUGGCAGCUACAACUGAAAAGGACAUCUUUGCCCAUCUGGGUCUCGAGUACAUCGAGCCUUGGCAGAGAAAUGCGUAGGCCUCCGCUCCUCCUUGGCUGGAUGAUACCCUGUGCAUACAUCAGUGUUUAUCCCAUCUGCUUGCCAUUAUGUGGCUCUCCUGUGAUUC